AUGGAUUCUUCUUCUUCUUCUUCUUCUACUACUACCACUACAAGAAUGUUUCAUACGCGAAGCGUACUUCAAGAAAUCGCUCAACGGAAAAGAUCGUAUGAAAAUGUGAGUGAACAUAAAAAAGCAUUUAAUUAUACGGUUCCUUUUCUUUUGGAGGAAAGCCAAAAGAAUCCACCUCCACAAUCGCUAUACCAGAAGCUUUUGGCAGAGGCGUUCAAUAUGAACAGAAGCCGAAUAUUAGCCUUCAAGAACAAACCAUCCACCCCGGUCGACCUAAUCCCCCAUUUUUCAUCAUCAUCUGUUCAUCCCUCUAAACCUGUCAAGCCCCAGCGACCCAUUCCUCAGAGACCAGAGAUGACAUUGGAUGCCCCUUAUAUGGUGGAUGAUUUCUACUUGAAUUUGCUAGAUUGGAGUAGCAGCAAUGUGCUUGCAAUAGCUCUUGGAAGCACUGUGUUUCUUUGGAAUGCUUCAAAUGGUUCUAUCUCAGAACUAUUCACUGUUGACGAGGAAGAUGGUCCUGUCACUAGCGUUAGCUGGGCACCUGAUGGACGUCACCUUGCUGUAGGCUUGGACAAUUCAAAUGUCCAGUUAUGGGACUCUGCAACUGAUCAAAUGCUAAGAACACUCAAAGGAGGUCAUCGAUUGCGAGUAACUUCACUGGCCUGGAAUCAUCACAUACUUACAACUGGAGGAAAGGAUGCUAAAGCCAUCAACAAUGACGUGAGAAUAAGAGAACACAUUGUUGAAACAUACAGCGGACACCAGCAGGAAGUUUGUGGACUGAAAUGGUCAAAUUCGGGCCAGCAAUUAGCAAGUGGAGGGAAUGAUAACCUUCUUUUCAUAUGGGAUAGAUCUAUGGCCUCUUCAAAUUUACCGACAUAUUGGCUUCACAAGCUUGAAGACCACACAGCAGCUGUGAAAGCCCUUGCUUGGUGUCCCUUCCAGAGCAAUCUGCUAGCCUCGGGUGGAGGUGGAAAUGAUAGGCGCAUUAAAUUUUGGAACACCCACACUGGCGCAUGCUUGAACUCAGUGGACACCGGCUCACAGGUUUGUGCUCUUCAGUGGAAUAAGCAUGAGCCGGAAUUGCUUAGCUCCCAUGGGUUUACAGAGAACCAACUCAUUCUAUGGAAAUAUCCAUCCAUGGUAAAGAUGGCAGAACUCAGUGGUCACACUUCUCCAGUCCUCUUUAUGACUCAGAGCCCAAAUGGAUACGCAGUGGCAUCUGCAGCAGGUGAUGAAACAUUGAAAUUUUGGAAUGUGUUUGGGAACCCACAAGUGGCUAAACCUGUGCCAAAAGCUAAUGCUGUACCAUUUGCUAAUGCAGAAGUCAAACUAACAGUACAGCAAUUACAGAGCAAAUUUGAGUUGCAGAAACAGUUGAUUGCCCAUGUGGAAGUAAAUACAGCAAGAAUGUCAUGA